AUGAACAAGCUAAAAUCAAAUUACACGCUGCCUCCUCAAACGACAGAAGAUAACUCAGCAUCUGUACAAGGAGUUCCUCCAAUUCUGUAUAAUUUGGAUCCACCUUGCAUGCUCGGACCGUAUGUUCCACAAAUGGUACUGGCUUCCCCCAUUCCUCCAUACUACAACAACCAAGCGUUCGACCCCUACAGCUUUUCGAAUCUAACGAUAAUAGAUGAGUACGAGCAGUCAAACGAGACUUUGAGUAGCGUUCUGGAUUCAAAUAGUGAUUGUUGGAAUGGACCUGCUGAACCAUUCCCAUUUUUCUUAACCUCAUCAACAGCUGCAUCACCUUACCCUUGCAUCCAAACCCCUUAUAAAGGACAAUCCAGCGCUGUAAAUGAAAAAUCAGCUGCUGAAAGCCAAUUGCAAUACGGAAAACCAACGGUUACGGAACAUGGCUCAGUAGCCAUCUUGUUGAAGCAUAUGGUGAGGGUAGACCUAACCGCGAACGGUGCGAUCUAUGUCCAGAACACACCAGCAGCUUGUUCUGCAGUGAUAAAUGCCAGUGGUAGCAAGAGUUUUGUCCUCCAUCCUAAUGGCCGCGUAUUCCAAGAAGGUGCCAACGUACACAUAGCGACAGGCAACGGUCGAAAGGUUAAAAUUUGCAGAAAGGGAGUCGUGUUCUCUUCUUCGAUGCACAGUCUGGUGUACGUAGUCGAUGAAUCUGGAACCAAGACCACGGCAGAGAGGCUCUUUGGGUUGGAAAAUGACGAUUCCUUGAACAUAUUUUAUGACUCUUACACAGUUUCAGAACAGGCUCGCGAGAAAUGUGACAGCAUGGUCGACGGCUAUGUCCACAAAACCGGACAAAAUGGUGAAAAUAUCUGGAUAAUUGCAGGGACGCUCAUCAAGCAGGGCAGUUGGGGAGACGUAAGAAUUUCCAGAAAUCGUGGUCGGAGAAUUAUCACCACUUCACCCACUGUUCGCGAACUGAGUCUUCAAAUGCCAUCUAUUGACCUCAAAGUGAAUUGUUACUCUAAACUUCACUUAUCCGUUCGAAAGGACUGUUGCCUCGUAACGUCAGGGUUCUGCGGUCUGACUGUACAGAACCAUUUUCAGAAAGCUGGAUUUAAUAGGAACGGAAAAUUAGUCAUAUUUUGA